UUUAUUUUUAUCGAUCUAACGAUAUGACUUUUUUAUUAUUGUCGCUACAUGUCUAUCAGACCAAAAAUAUAUAUUGGCGGGCAAAUUACAACCUGUUCAUGCAGCGUUCGAAUACCGCAGUGCCUUGUUGAAGAAUAUCUGUUUUUAUAAUUUAUGAUUAUUUAUAUUUUAUAUGAUUAAAUAUUCAGCAAUAUGACGACUCUACAAAAUACAGGAAAAUUUCGACCAUUCAAAACAAAUGUAAAGAAUCAAGCUGAUCAAAAUCAAGAGGGAAAUGCAUCAGGAGAAACUUCAGGAGGAAGAUUAAGUCUAGUUAAUGAAAAUAUUAGAGUGGAUGGUUUAUAUGGAUUUCACAGAGUAACUGAUACAAAAGAACGAAUAGGAUUUCUUAUAAAUAUGCAUACAACAGAAAUUAUAGAGGAUGAUAAAAGAUUACUGAGUGGCGUAGAUUAUUACUUUUUAGAAGAAGACUGUAGUAGAUUUAAAAUUUCUUUUCCAUAUUGUCCAUAUUUUUAUAUCUUAUGCAAAAAAGACACAUAUGAAGAAGUUUCAACUGGUUUAAAUAAAAAAUAUGCUGAUCUUAUACAUAAAGUUGAGACAAUUUACAAAGAAGAUUUGGAUCUGCCAAAUCAUCUUAUUGGUUUAAAACAAAAAUAUCUAAAACUAUAUUUUUUAAACACGGUAGACUUGAACAAAGUGAAACGUGAUAUUAUAAAAGCUGUGAAAUUAAACAAGGAUAGAGAAAAGGGUCAUACUUACUAUAGUGAUAUGUUGUCAACUGUGUUAAAUCCAGAUCAAAAUGUUGUGGAUUAUAAAAAGCAAACCAUUGAUUUUAAAGAUAAUAUUCUUGAUAUUAGAGAACACGAUGUACCACAUCAUGUAAGAGUUUCUAUAGAUAUGAAAAUAUUUUGUGGUAGCUGGUAUUCUGUAAGGACUAGGGAUCGUGAUGUGCCAAUUAUUACAAAGAGAGAUGACAUUAUUGAACCGAUUGAACCUAUAAUAUUAGCAUAUGAUAUUGAAACUACAAAACUUCCUUUAAAAUUUCCAGAUGCUAAUAUGGAUCAAAUUAUGAUGAUUUCAUAUAUGAUUGAUGGACAAGGGUAUUUAAUAACAAACAGAGAAAUAAUUUCAUGUGAUAUCGAAGAUUUUGAGUAUACACCAAAACCAGAAUUUGAAGGAUUUUUUAAAAUCUUUAACGAACCUAAUGAGAAAGCUACGAUAAAACGGUUUUUUGACCAUAUAAAUGAUAUUCGACCGCAUAUAUUUGUAACGUAUAACGGCGAUUUUUUCGAUUGGCCGUUCGUAGAAACCAGAGCAGCUUUUCAUAAUAUGGAUAUGAAAGAUAGAAUAGGUUUUUCUAAAAAUCGGGAUGGAGUUUAUACUUGUAGACCAGCUAUGCAUAUGGAUUGUUUAAGUUGGGUAAGACGUGAUUCUUACUUACCUGUAGGAUCUCAAAACUUAAAAGCUGUUGCUAAAGCAAAACUUAGAUAUGAUCCAGUGGAACUUGAUCCUGAGGACAUGUGUAAAUUAGCAUCUGAAGAGCCUGAGACUCUUGCAAAUUACUCUGUAUCUGAUGCAGUUGCUACUUAUUAUCUAUACCACAAAUAUGUUCAUCCUUUUAUUUUUGCAUUGUGUACAAUUAUUCCUAUGGAACCAGAUGAAGUGCUUAGAAAGGGAUCUGGUACAUUAUGUGAAUCUCUUUUGAUGGUACAAGCCUAUCAAGCUAACAUUAUAUUUCCUAAUAAACAAGAAGCCGAGUUCAGUAAAUUAACGAAAGAUGGUCACUUAUUAGAUCAAGAGACGUAUGUAGGAGGUCAUGUAGAAGCUUUAGAGUCUGGUGUUUUCAGAGCUGAUAUUCCCUGUCGCUUUAAAAUAAUACCAAGCGCAAUUGAUGAACUAUUAAAUGGCGUUCGAAGUGCUUUAAAAUACGCCAUAGAAGAAGAAGAAAAAGUGCCAAUAGAUAUGGUUACAAAUUUUGAUGAAGUAGUUGAGGAAAUUAAAGGGAAAUUACAGGCUUUGAGAGACCAACCGUUAAGAUUGGAAAAUCCUGUAAUAUACCAUUUAGAUGUUGGUGCUAUGUAUCCAAAUAUUAUCUUGACAAAUCGACUCCAACCGUCCGCGAUGGUUGAUGAAACUGUUUGCGCUGCGUGUGACUUCAACAAACCAGGAGCACUUUGCCAAAGAAAUAUGCAAUGGAUGUGGAGAGGAGAAUACCUGGCUGCAAGUUUAAGUGAAUACCAAAGAAUACAACAACAGCUGGAAAAUGAGAAAUUUCCACCACAAUUUCCUGGCGGUCCUCGACGCGCGUAUCAUGAAUUAUCUAGAGAAGAACAGGCCUCGUAUGAAAAGAAACGACUUACAGAAUAUUGUAAGAAAGCUUACAAAAAAGUGAAAGUGACCAGAAUGGAAGAAAGAACGCAAACGAUUUGUCAAAAAGAAAAUUCAUUCUACGUUGAUACCGUGAGAGCUUUCAGAGACAGGCGGUACGAAUAUAAAGCACUUACCAAAGUUGCAAAACAACAAGUAGCAGCAGCUUUGGCUAAAGGAGACGCCGGUGAUAUUAAAUCUGCUAAAAAUCGAGAAGUGUUAUACGAUUCUUUACAACUUGCUCACAAAUGUAUUCUGAAUUCCUUCUAUGGUUACGUCAUGAGAAAAGGGUCUCGAUGGUUCAGCAUGGAAAUGGGUGGUAUAGUGUGCUACACAGGUGCGCACAUUAUAAUGAAAGCAAGAGAAAUAAUAGAAAAGGUCGGUCGUCCUUUAGAAUUAGAUACAGAUGGAAUUUGGUGCGUGUUACCGGCUUCUUUUCCCGAUAACGUAAUUAUCCAUACUACUCAUGAAAAGAAGUCAAAGAUCGUGAUAUCUUAUCCAAAUGCUAUUCUUAAUUUUAUGGUGAAGGAUCAAUUUACUAACGAUGUAUAUCACGAACUUGUUGAUAGUGAGAAUCUAACGUAUAAAAUUAGAAGUGAAAAUUCUAUAUUCUUUGAGGUAGAUGGACCUUAUCUAGCAAUGGUACUGCCUGCUGCAAAGGAAGAAGGAAAAAAGUUGAAGAAGCGAUACGCAGUCUUCAAUUUUGAUGGAUCUUUAGCAGAGUUGAAAGGGUUUGAAGUGAAACGAAGAGGUGAACUUCAACUGAUAAAAAUUUUCCAAACUUCUGUUUUCGAAUCAUUCUUGAAAGGUAAUACGUUGGAAGAAUGUUAUGCGUCCGUAGCUAAAGAUGCAGAUUAUUGGCUCGAUAUUCUAUAUAGCAAAUGUGAAAACAUACCGGAUUCCGAAUUAUUUGAACUUAUUUCUGAGAAUAAAUCGAUGUCAAGAAAACUUGAAGAUUAUGGAGCUCAAAAGUCUACGUCCAUUUCCACCGCUAAAAGAUUAGCUGAAUUUCUAGGUGAUCAGAUGGUGAAAGACGCUGGAUUAGCAUGUAAAUAUAUUAUCGCCAAUAAACCUCAAGGUGCACCCGUGACGGAACGGGCAAUACCGUUAGCUAUUUUCCAAUCAGAACCAGCAAUAAAAAGAUAUUACUUACGCAAAUGGUUAAAAGACCCUGGUUUACAAAGUGAUGAUAUACGACAGAUUUUAGAUUGGGGCUACUACAUCGAGAGGCUUGGAAGUACUAUACAAAAAAUUAUCACAAUUCCAGCUGCGAUGCAAGGACUUCCCAAUCCUGUUCCCAGAGUAAAACAUCCAGAUUGGUUGCAUAAAAGAGUGAUGGAAAAAGGUGCAACGCAUAAACAGAAAAAAAUUACAGAUUUAUUUGCCACAGUGCCUAAAAGUACAGAAAAUGAUAAUACUCAGGUGACAGAUUCAUGUGAUACACCUGAUAUUGAGGAUAUAGCGGAAGCUGCUCAACCGUUUAAAAAACCAAUGCCAAUUGUCAAUCAGAAGAAACGAAAACAUUCUGAAGAAGAUAAAAUAGAUAACAAUAAAAGUUGGAAAGACGUGCUAGGUUCUCCACCACCAAUAGGAACAACAAAAGAAGAGAAACUGAAGUGGUUAGAAUUUCAUAAACAAAAAUGGGCCUAUCAAGCCAAACAGCGAGCUGAACAUCGAAUAAGCAAAAGAUGCAAAACGACUACGGAUAAUAGAGAACAAAGUAGUUGGGGUAUUACGAGAACUAUCAAUACAUCUACUUUAGGUGGUUUCCUGCGACAUGCUCAGAAGAAACUGCUUAUAUCACCGUGGCAAAUUAUUCAAAUAUCAGCGACAAACGAACCUGGCUUAUAUCGGCUAUGGGUAUUGGUUGAAAGAGAACUUCAUCAGUUACGUCUUAUAAUCCCUCGUAUAUUUUACGUAAAUACUCGUAAACCGAAACCUGAUCCGGAACCUGGUAAGAAGGUAUCUUGGACGAAGAGUUCAAAAAUCCUUCCACGAUCGAGGCCUGUGUUUAAUCUGUACCGAUAUUCUGUGCCAGAAUCACUAUAUCAAAUGCACAGUCAAGAACUGCUGGAAGAUUUAAGCAAACCAGAAAUUGAAGGAAUUUAUGAAACUCAAAUGUCAUUGGAAUUUAGGGCUAUACUUCAGUUAGGAUGUAUUUGCACAGUUGAUUCUAAGGCAGCAAGGAACAUGGCAGAUGGUGCAGACACAUUUAAUUUAGAACAAUUGGAGUUCAAAAGUAUCGCGAUACAACCGUAUCUCCAAAAUAUCCACGAAAUCAAUUAUAUUUUUCUGUAUCAUCACUGGAGUUCGAAUCAUCAGAGAGCACUGUGGGGACUAUUUCUAAAUGCAAGCAAAAGAGUUCACGUAUUUAUUUUAGAUACAGUUUCGUCAAAUCAAAUGCCAAAUAUGAAUACGUUGUAUGCUCAAGAACGAAACACGGCUAUAUCUAUGGACGGGGAGGAUAAAAUAAAAACUUUGCCAGAAUCAAUGCAAUUCACAUUACAAUUCGAAACAAAUUUUCAACGCGUUUGUCGUCUUUUACAAGCAGCUUUAACAGCGUACAAAAACGAAGGACAUGGACCAACGAUGUUGGUUGUUCAAACUGCUUUGGAUAAAACAGCAUUAGUAACUCAAAUGCCAUUACUAAAUGACUUUCCACUGAUUAGCACACACGUGCAAGAUAUUGAUAAUUUGUAUGCCACUUUAGAAUGGCAAAAAGUUGGCGCAAAGAUAAUGAUUCGCCAUUAUUUAAAAAGUCAACAAAUUCUUGAAUUGAUGACAGAACAGUGUAGAUUCUUUCAUGCUCCUAUCGGAAAUAUCCCUACGGAUCCUACAAUUUUUGGAGCAGACUUGUUUUAUGCCAGACACUUACAAAAGAGUAAUUUUGUGUUAUGGUGUUCCUCUACGGAAAAGCCAGAUUUAGGAGGAAGCGAAAACGACGAUAACAGAUUACUAACAGAUUUUGAAGAAAGUUCACACUGUGCUGCAAAUAAUCCUGGCACGUAUUCUAGUGACUGUAUCGAAUUAGAAAUAGAAAACUUGGCAGUGAAUACUUUAUUGCAAUACCAUCAUAUUCACGAUAUCGACGGAACUAGUUCUUUUGUUGGAUUUCAUAAUCAACAACAAACAUCCAUCCAGGAUAUGGCAACAGGCGAUUCUGCAUUAACUGCAAUUCCUAGCUACGAUGAAACUGCGCUUUGUAAUCCUGCUUUCCGAGCUUUACGAAGUAUGGUCAAUACAUGGCUUCUGGAUGUCUCCGUUUAUAAAAAUGUAUUUGCAGAUUAUCAGAUCAUUCACUUCUAUAGGUGGCUACGUUCACCCAACGCUUUAUUAUAUGAUCCCGCUUUGAGGAGAACUUUACAUACUUACAUGAAAAAGUUAUUUAUACAACUAUUAGCAGAGUUUAAGACUCUGGGUUCCAUAAUCAUUUAUGCAAAUUUUAAUAAAAUGAUCGUCUGUACUAAAAAGAGAGCGGUGAACGAUGCAUUGGGUUACAUAGAAUUUGUUGUUCAAACGAUACGCAAUAAGGAAAUCUUUCACGGUAUUGAAAUUACUUUUGAACAAUGUUGGGAGUAUUUAAUAUGGCUUGAUGUUUAUAAUUAUGGCGGUGUGAGAGGAAAAUUGCCAAAAAGUGUUAAAGACAAUGUCGAGGAUACGGAUAUUAACGAAUAUGAGGAAGAAGAAGAUGAGGAUGAACAUUCUCCUGAAAUAGUGAUGCAAUGGAAUUUAAUGGAAUGUCUUCCCAAAGAAGCUGCAUGUCAAUCGAGUUUCAGCGCUAUAAUAGCAGGAUACAUAAAUGCAAUUUAUCAAUAUAUAUCCGAAAAUGAGCAAAUGAAUACUUCUAUAAAACCGAGAAGAAGAUCAAAUAGUUUAAGUCAAAGUUUAACAGCGCAAUUGGGAUUGGGAUCAUUAGAAAAUACUGCAGAUUUUGCUAAAAAACUUAUAUCAGGAGAUCUGUCCCAACAACUUUUUCAAAUUAUACAGAAAAUACAUAAGAAAAUUCCAGAAAAGGUAUUAACUAUUGAAGAGUAUCCAAACUUGGAUUUAGAUGGAAAAGAAACUAAAAGGAUUAAUCCAGCUUUAGAAUUAAUUAAAUCAGUUUGCAAGGUUUUAUCUUUAGAUAAAGAAAUUGAAAAUGAAGUGUACAGUUUACAAAAAAAUAUGUUACGACUGAUCAAAAUUGGUAGUUUCAGUGAUGUAGUAGAAUGGAAAGAUCCAUGUAUUUCUUUGAUUUUACCUGAAAUCAUUUGCAAAGCAUGCAAUCAUACAAGAGACAUUGACCUUUGCAAAGAUAAUCUUUGUGUCAUGGAAAAUGAUAAAUACAUGUGGAAAUGUCCUCUUUGCAAGACAAACUAUGAUAAUGAAGAAAUAGAAUUUCUUUUAAUAGAUAUGUCAAAUCGUAAGAGUAUGGGAUAUAUAUUGCAAGACUUACAAUGCCGUAAAUGUAAAGAAAUUAAGAGAGAAAAUAUGAAUGAACUCUGUUCCUGCUCUGGAGAAUUCAAAACUUUAAUUCCCAAAGAUGAAACGGUAAAAUUUGUAAAGAUAUGUAAAUCUGUAGCUAGGAAAUGCAGUAUGGAAACAUUAAUGGAAAUAGUUGAGAAUACAAACCUAUUUAUAAAUUCAUCAUAGUAUUAUAUAUUUAUACACGUGAAUUUAUGGUAUUAUAUUUCAUUUUUUAUGAUUGU